GUAUUUAAAUCUAAUCUGUGUUAGAUGGGCGUUUUAGUAUAUGCGCUACUUACUUCUCGAAGAAGAAUUUCUCCUGGAAGAAAUAGUUGAAGAGGAAGCCAAAGAUGCUACCGACAGCAAUAGAAGCAUAGACAAAUCCAACAGUACCCUGAUUCAUGCCAUAAUUGUCGCUGUAGAGCGUCAGGAAGACGUGCGUAAUAGAUGCGAUGAAGGAAUAGAAGAUUGCCCAAGCAUAACCGAUAAAGGCUGAGAAACCUAUGACAAUAGGUUCUUGAACUAAAUAAGUGAGUGGUCUGAGUAAACUAUCAUGUAAAAGCUCCUUCUUGGUCGGCUUAUAAACUUCUGCAUGCGCACGUAUGGUUUGAUCGCCGGUCAAUUUGCGUAUCUUACGUGCUUUCUUCUUCAUAAUAACAUUUAAGCGUGUCUCUUUUACGAAGAAUAUCAUUACAAUGCCCCACGCGGCUGUGACUAGACAUUGAAUUAAUUGAACCCAUCUCCAGCCACCCUGGCCAUUGCUUCCCGCAAUAGUCAGAGAUGUACGCAUAGGUACAAAAGAGUAGACCAUUGGCGUCACACCUGUACUGAACAUAGUCGAUAAAGCGAACAUCGACAUGUAGAUACCUCUCUCAUGACUUGCAUAUAAAUCCGAGAUGGUUCCAGCAACCAUAGUAGAACCAGACGAGGCAGCCAAGCCCUGUAUAAGUCUAGAUAUAAUGAUACCGUUGAUGCUGCUACAUAGUCCGAUGGGGAGGAACAUAACAGUGUAAAUCACGAAUGUUAUUCCGUACAUCCAAUUCCGACCGAGUUCUUCAGAUGCUCCAGCAAAGAAGAUGGGCGCAACUGCAAAACCUACGACGAAAGUCGCCAAGGCUGUAGUACCCAGUUGUUCUGUGGUGCCUAAAUCCGAGACCAUAGAAUUCAAACCAACGGCGAAUGAAGACGAAGCACCUGAAACUAAAAUACAAAAUCCUAUAGUGGCCAUCAUGACUUUUAAUUUCCGAGACUGUGGCCAACGCUGUGGGUCGUCUGCGUCGUCAAUUUCAAGCCAUUUGAACUGGUCUUUUUCCUCGGUUUCUUGUAAACCAUUAAUAGUACUGCUUCUACUAAAUGCAGGACUAUUAGUACUCCUCCCACUAUCCAUAAUUGACUGUCUAAAAAAGCGCGAAAUGAUCGUUAAGGUAAUCCGAUUAGAUAAUCAGUGAUAGUUUAAAAUAUUCCAACUCUGUUUAGGAAAAUUGAAAUAUUUGCACUUUGAUCUUUAAUAGAUCGGCUAUUGUUACAAAUUAAGCCUCUUGACUACUUAACUCGGGUAAAUGAGUCAUUCUAGUUUUAUAAUCAUACAGGUCGGUUCAAAGAUACCACGAUCAUCAACUCAUGCCUAAAGAAGAUGGCGACGUUAUCUGGGUAACUUUAGAAGAGCACGAGAACCCUUACAAAUGGUCAAAACCGAGGAAAUAUUUCACUACAUUAGCGCUUUGCGGAUUCUCAUUCCUGGUCAGCGGGGCUUCAAGUGGUUAUGCAGCUCCUGGCGCCGAAUCUGAUCUUGUUGACAAACUGAAUACUUCCUCAACUUUAUUUGAGCUCGGAUUAGGUAUCUACGUUAUUGGAUAUGCAUUAGGACCAUUGUUUUUGGCACCUUUCUCUGAGAUCGUGGGAAGAUACAAAGUAUACGUCGUCAGUUACUUUGUUUUUAUGUGCAUGUUUAUCACUAUUUCCUUGUCACCAACUAUAACGGGAGUUGUAUUGGGUAGACUGAUUAGUGGACUUGCUGCAUCAACAGGAUCAACACUGGUUGGAGGAUCUAUUGCCGAUAUUUUUGAUGAUGGAAGUAGGGGGAUUCCUAUGUCAUUAUUCUCAAUGUCUGCUUUACAGGGGGCUGGUAUAUUCCCGCUUUGUUUCUCAUGGAUGAUGGACAAAGGCUUAGGUUACCAAUGGAUCGAGUACGUGGAACUCAUUGCUGCUUUCAUAUGGUUCUUCUUCAUUAUUUUUAUGGGAGAGACGCGUGGAUCUGCGAUCCUCAAUAAUAAGGCUAAAAAACUCCGUAAGAAAACUGGUGAUUCGAGAUACAUCGCCAAGACUGAGUUGAAUAAGCCAACUAUUAGAGAAUUAGUAACUGUCUCACUCACAAGACCACUCUGGAUCUUGUGUACGGAACCAAUAGUUAUUUUCUUUAGUUUCUGGAUGGGUUUCGCAUGGUUUAUUUUCUAUUCUAUCAUCUCUUCAAUUGGACACAUCUUCCAAACGCAACGUGAUUGGUCCGCAGGCUCGAUUGGGUUGUUAUAUAUCACAUUCGUCCUGGGAUUAGGACUUGGUGGUAUCGCUAACUUCUUCUUGCAAGAGCGCAUGUACCAGAAGAAAAAGACACCAGAGGCAAGACUGUAUCUUGCUAUGGUAGGUGGUGUUUGUCUACCAAUAGGUUGUUUUAUCUAUGCCUGGACAUCCUAUCCACACGUCCAUUGGAUGGGUCAAUGCGUUGGAUUGACUAUCAUUUUGUUCGCUAUUUACAUCAUCUACAAUACUGCAUUUGCCUACAUGAGCGACGCCUAUAGAUUAUACGCUUCCUCUGCCAUUUCAGCACAGAAUGUUUUCAGAAAUAUUCUUGGAGGAACAACACCACUACACAUCACCAAGUGGUACAAUGCAACGGGUUAUAAUUGGACGAGUUGCAUCAUCGCAAUUAUUGCGGCCGUUCUUGGUGUCGUUCCUUUCAUCCUCUUUAAAUACGGUGAAAAGAUUCGUCAAAAGUCACAAUUCAGCCAAUCUAUCUCUGCAUACGAGGAGCAAGAAAGAACAAUGCUUGGAUUGGAUGAAACCAGCUCGUUUGACAAACCUGCUAAACUUGAAACCUCAUAGAUUGCAUGUAUCAUCAUGAUCCCUCAAUGUAUUUCUUUACAUCCACGAUAUUGUUACAAUAAUAUAUUAUAGAUCUUCUCUUGC